AUGCUCGCCGUAGCGGCCCCUGCGAUGGCUACGAUGAACUGUUCGGCCAAAGCCUUCGCUUCUAUCAUUCCCUCCAAUGCCUCCGUGAUUCUAGCUCAUAGAGUCGCACAGAAUGGUACCUUUACUCCUCCAUCAGCCGACAUUGGAUUUUCGAGCCCGGCAUACCAGUUGCCAGCGUUAUGCGUGGUCCAAAUCGAGAUGCCAACCGAGGCGAAUACCACAUUCAAUUUUGGUCUUUUCUUGCCUGAUGUCUGGGCAGGCCGAAUGGUCGUCUCGGGCAACUCUGCCUUCUCAGGAGGCGUCAAUUAUGAAGAGAUGGGUGCUGGUGUGACCUAUGGUGCAGCGGCAAUGUCUACUGACACCGGGCAUGAUUCGGCUUUUGAUAACUCUUGGGCGGAAAACCCAGAGUCGGUGACCGAUUGGGGCUGGCGUGCAAUGCAUCUCUCCGUUGUGGAGGCCAAGAAGGUUAUUCAGGCAUACUAUGGCCACAACCUCAAAUAUAGCUAUUACAAUGGCUGCUCCACCGGUGGUCGACAGGGACUCAAAGAGAUCGAGAUGUCUCCAGAGGACUUUGAUGGUGCAGUUGUAGGAGCCCCCGCUUGGUGGACUAAACAUUUGCAGUUGUUUAACAUAUAUGCUGCUGAAUACAACUACCCGGAGAACUCGACCCAUCACAUCAGUGAUGAUCUCUUUGAGUUUAUUGCCAAUGAGACUCUGAAGCAGUGCGAUCCCCAGGACGGUUUGACUGAUAACAUUAUCUCUGACCCACGUCGCUGUGACCUUGAUUUGGAGGUGAUGUUGUGCAAGCAGAACGAGACAAGUUCGACAACCUGUAUCACCGAUGACCAGCUUGACACACUCUACCAUUACUACAACGACUGGGUCGAAGCCGACCAGACAUUUAUCUUCCCUCACUACGAGAUAGGCAGCGAGACAGGAUGGGGCAUGGCUCCCGAUUUCAGCUACAUAGAAUAUUUCCUGGGCAUCGGCACCAACUUCACAUGGAAGGAUUGGUCCCCAAGUCUGAUCAAGUUAUCCGACGAGAUGAAUCCCGGGAACGCAACAGCCGACGACUUUGAUCUGUCGCCAUUCUAUGCGCGUGGGUCCAAAUUACUGCACUAUCAUGGCAUGGCAGACCCAUCUAUCCCUACUGGUAGCAGUGUCUACUUUUACAAACAUGUCCAGCGCAUGAUGUCCAAACUUGGCAUUGACCUUGACGAUUUCUACCGCUUCUAUCUGAUUCCCGGUAUGCAACAUUGUGGAAAUACCCCAUCGAAUAUGGAGGCACCAUGGUAUAUCGGUGGCUCAUCACAGGCGUCAACUAUCGGUAGCGACGGCUCGGGUAAUCAUCUGCAUGAGCGCAAUGGAUUCAACGAUGGUAAACAUGAUGCCCUUUUGGCGAUGAUUGCUUGGGUAGAGAACAACACUGCGCCUGACUAUCUUAUCGGUACGAAGUUCCACGAUGAGACUACGCUAGACUACGUGACCAAGCAACGACCUAUCUGUCCCUUCCCUCAACAGGCCAGAUACAAGGGCAGCGGCGAUAUGUGGGAGCCGCAGAACUGGGAAUGCGCUAGCUUGUACUAG